AUGGCAUCAGUUAUCAAUAACUUCGGUGCAGCCUCCGACGGCCUCGAUCGGGCGCAACUUGAUGUUGCCCCACCAGUCGACGCACACACUGAUCCACGACCACCUCCGGACGCACUGAACUAUCGUAAACCCUCCAUACGCCGUGCUGUUAAGGACAACCUACUUUCAGUGGUGGUCCAUCCUCGAUAUGGCGUCAAUAAGAUCAAGGCCGCAAUCAGUGAGAAACAUGAAGCCAUCGCCAAUGAAAAUCGUGUACAUCAAAAGGAUCCUGAUCAUGCACCUACUCUCGCCCCUGCUCCGCCAACAGGUUCUCUCGUGCAUGAAAGGCUCGUGCACAACCUGGACGACAAACCGAAAUUUCCACCAGUCAAGGAGUUCAUCAAACAUCCCAUGAAUUCGUUACAGUCAACCGUCCAGGAUCAACGAGGCAGCGACUGGGCUGAGAAUAUGGCGACGUCAGAAGUUGCACACGGAGCAGAAGUCCAGCUUGUACGCCAAGCCGAGAAGGUCGACAACGCUGUGACCCCGUCGGAAAAAGAGGAUGAACUCAAGACUCUCAUGCAAUUGAAGCAGGCCAGGCAAGAUGAAAUGGUUCGCUGGUCUAUCGACCGACAUGUGAGGAAAGUCGCACGGACACAUGUGCCAGACAGGCCUCCGCAGCCACCGCCACUGUCCAAGAAAGAUCCGUUGCAGUCGUGGGCCGAGUACAGCAAAGCGAGGGCAAAAUACGAGCUGCACAAGCGUGCAGAGUUUUAUAUCGACAAUGGCUCGGAUCUUCCAGAGGUAGACAGGAAGUUGUUGGCCUCGGCACUCGAAAGAGUCAUCAUCGCGUCAGUACCUGUGCAGAACACCUUCAUGAGACUACGGAACAUUUCUCAUUGGGUCAAUCCUCGGGAGAGUGCCGGUUAUAUGGUGCUAUACUUCUCGCUACUGAUGUUUAGCCAAAUUACGCGGAUGAUCAUUCUUUCCGUUCUGCUGGGAACGCUGUAUCGACGAUGGCACCCUCCUACCAUGAAAGAGAGGCGAGAUACUAUCGAACAUGCUGAGAAUCGAGACGCAAUCGCACAAGACCUGAUAGAACUGGUGACGCAAUACGGCACACGAGGUUGGGUGGAUCGUGCUAUUGAGCUUGCAGGUCCUGUAUUAUUCGACUCGCUUGAACGUGCGGCGGACAUUCUGGAAACGCUACGGAAUUUCUAUGAGUGGCGAGUCCCACGGCGCACCGGCUUCACACUCGGCUUGUUGUUCGCCUGGUGGUCGUUAAUAACACUGACACCGACCUGGCUGCUUGUGCAAGUGACCUUCAUCUUUGUAGGGUUCGACUUCUUCGUUUUGACGCCUCUCGGCGUUCGCUAUCCGCAAUAUCGGCUGCUUGUUUCGCCCUGGACAUGGUUGUUAUGGGAGAUUCCCACACACGCGGACUGGGCUAUCGCACGACUCCAGGCAGAAGCUGAGAAAUACUUAGAACAGCAUGGCAAGCUCGGCGAUAUUGACAAUGACGACGCACGCAACACGGACAUGCCAUCGAAAACCGGCAUCCGAGAUACGCCAGAAGGCCCUCAGAUGAUCGGCCGUUACAAAUGCAGAGACGGAGAUGCAUACGGCGAGCUUGUAGUAACGACCGCAUCAAUUUCCUUUUCUCCGAAGAAAUCAGCCAACUCAGGCUGGGACCUGCCCUUCCGGGAGUUGAUAGGAAUACAAAAGAGGUAUCUGUAUGCUGAUGUAUGCCAGAUCACCGUACAGGUCAAGAGCGGCGAAGAAGCUGGCCUCAUCUUUACGAAGCUAAAUGGAACAACGCAUGACGUCGCGCACUUGGUUGAGCGUGAUUUGGUCUUCUCACAGAUCAUCGGAUACAGCCGACUGCUCUGGAAGAGGACAGGCUGA